UUCGUGGGACACCCUGUAUUUAUGUUAAAGGUUACUUUAUACUCCUACUGUACAUAUUUACUGUGUAUGGGGUUACAGUAUACUGCUACUGUACAUAUGCAUAUCUAUUAAAGGUUACUGUGUACUCCUGUUGAAUAUGAAUGUGCAAGGAAAAUCUUUACGUAUUGUGAUGCUUGAUAAUCUGUCUCAAACUGCGCACAGUAUUGCAGGGUGUAUAGAGGCCCCAAUUCAACUGUUAUUAACCAUAUACCUGAUUUUGCUGGGACUUCUUGAAGUCCCAAGCUUUCUGGCAUUGGAUUAUGGGAAAGACCAGUUUGAAAAUGUGUUCGCUACAUUCAAUAUCCCGAUGUUUUCUAUGGCCUUUUCUUUCAUCAAUAUUCUCUUCUGCUCAACCAAAGUCAACAUUUUCAAUGUUUACAUUGUUCAACUGCGAAGAUUGGCUGAUCUCAAAUUGUACGUCUCACUUUGUGUUGGAUAUUUGCCUUUUUUCCUGCACUCAAUAAUGUUCAGGGUUUUUGCAUUUACCUUUUUGCUCAUAUACCUUAGUCAAUGGUCAGCUAUACCAUUACUAGCAAUAUUUUUCAGCAAUUUGAUCAUUGGAUACAUUUUCAAGGGAGAAAGUCAAUUUGAGAGGCUAAUCAAUGACAAAUAUAAGCUGUACAGCACUAAAAAUCCAAAUUCUAUAGGUUUGGAACAAAAGCUUUUAUCAAACCCCGGUGAAGACACUCCAAUUUGGUUAAACAGCUUUCUAGGUAUGUUUGUGCCAUCUUGCUCAAUGAUGGGAGUAUUGCCAGAGAUCAUGGAUCAACUUGAUGAAGAGCAAAAAAGUCGAGUACUAUCAGAGCAAUCUCGAUCACAAAAGAAGAUUUUGCGAUACCAAGUGUUCAUAACAACCAGCAUUAUUUUAACAAGUCUGUCAGUGAUUUAUUACUUGGUCAACUACUCUGAGUUUGGAUAUAAUUCAAACAUUUUAACAUUUAUAGAUUUUAACAUUUGUUCAGCUCUUAUUUUGGUUCAGGCAAUGAUUUCCAUACUUUUUCUCCCUGAACUUGAUGUUCUGAAACUGCUGAAACUUACUGACUUCAGCCAGAAGUUAGAUCAGGGAUUAUGCAAGAAGAUUUUAGUAGGACUUCUAUUUUCUUUGGCUAUAUUCAUUCCUCCUAUCAUAGCUUUUGUUUCUUCAUUCUACUUAACUCUUCCAAAUGUUUAUCUCAUAUCAAAAUUUGAAGCAACAAAUCAAGUCAAUAUUGAAGUUACAAAAUCCGUUCUUAUCAAUAAUAAAUUCAAUGUUGUACAAACAAUAGCAGAAACAUAUACAUGCGACAAGCAAGGAACUAUCCCUGCUAAAAAGUUUCUGAUACUUCUUCCAUCAUGUUACCAGAAAGAAAUUUAUGGUGCAAGUUUAAAUGAUAUGGAACAAAUGGAGGAUAAGUUUGGAGGUAUUAUGGGGCUAAUCUUUCUUGAUGAAAACAAGUACAGUGCAAGUGCAUUACCAUGGAAGUUCUCUUUAUUUAGAGAGAUUACUAAAUUUCCAGUCCUUCUUGUAAACUUUCAUGAUAAAGCCCGUUUGCUGGAUAGAAGCGGAAAUAAGACCGAACUUGAUGUCAAGGAUUUGUAUGAAUCGUUAUCUAAUAUAUCCUCCCAUCUUUACUCUAUUAAAUGCCAAAACCUUACCUCCGACUCUUCUGUUAACCUCUACUCUAGCAAAGGCCUUUAUUUGGGGUGUAAUGGGUUUCCUAAACUAAAUAUUCCUUUCAACCUUACUUGCAGAGACAAAGGGCGAGAAUGUCCUGAACAAGAUUCCUAUGAGAAAACAUUUUCUAUUUUUAACCCAUUUGAAGAAUGUGAUAGAAAAGAAGGAAGAACUUCCCAAAUAUAUCCUGGCCUGACCUGUACAAACUUGCCAAUUCUUUGGAAGAAACCAACUUUUCUUCGGGGUGACGAUUCUUUGUAUGGAGAACCUCAAUGUAUUUACAAUGGAAAUAAUGUAUAUUUUUCAAAGGACAACAGCCAGUGUAAUAAACAAAAGUUUAGUAGCACUUUAUUGGGUGAUUGGAUAGUGGAUACUGAGUGCUCGAAGAGUGAAACAGGAGUAAAAUACAGGUUUGCACGAUUAUCAGAUCUAUGUGUAAUGAUGGAAGUUGAAUUGCUGAGAAGGAAUUCAUGUGUUCAAGAAGACCCUAUAGAUAUUACAAACUGCGAUGGUGGAAGGAUGGAGGUCCCUUAGAACAUUCUUAUUUACUCCUGUUCAAAUUUUGAUUCUUAUGUUUGUAAAGGGGUUUGUAUCAUGAUGGUGGAGAAUUCAAACAAGAAAUAGUUAUGUAAAUAAAUACAAUAAAAUAUACACUGAUAAACAAAAUUCUGCGUUAUGA